CCCGGCUGUAAAUAGGCCGUUUUCACAAUCUGGGCAGAACAACACAAUGAAGAAUUUUCCCGAAUCUUCCAGUUCCUUCAAAAAGAAACUUUAUUUGUGAUUAUACAUAAAAUAAAAUUCACAGAUGAGAAAAAAUCACACUUUAACAGUGUCAAUGAACAGGAUAUGAAGUUGUGGAUUAAAUGUUCCUAAAGCGAUUGGCAUCCAAAGCUCAUGACUAUAAAUACAGAUUUGUACCAUGGAUUUUAGUUAAUUGGAAAAAAAGAUCAGUGAAAGAGAUCAGUUUACAGGAAAAUGAUUCUUUCUUAAAUCAAGCCCCAAAUCACAUAUCUACACUACUUCAUUUUUUUGAAAAACUUAAUACUUCAAAUGUAUUUCCAGAGGAGACCAUGAUGAGAGAAUUGGGCUUUUGCAUUAAAAGACAGAGAAGUAGCCUGAUAAAUGCUGGAUCAGGUGUUAUUGUGGCAAGUGGAAGAAUAAAACAGGAUACUAUUGUUGCUUUAUACCCUGGAACUGUGUAUUACCCUAUGGAACCAAUAUUUUUUCAAUCUCUUGGAAAUCCUUUUAUAUUAAAAUGUAUCGAUGGAAUUUUAAUUGAUGGGAAUAACAAAGGCAUUAGCAAACGAAUUUACAGAUCUUCUGCUGCCAGAGACAAAAUUGGUCCUUAUCUGCCAUGUGAUACAUCUUGGUUGUUGGACAAACUCUCAAAUCCACUAUCUAUUGGUCAAUACAUCAACAAUGCCACGACUGACUAUCCAGCAAAUGUUACGUACAUGGAACUAGACAUCCCUACUAAUUUUCCCCUCCAUCUUUUAAAAUACAUUCCAAACAUACACUUCAAUAAUCCUGUGCAUUUAAAACAAAGCCAAGAAGAGUCAAGAUACAUAAGAACAGUUAUUUUACUGGCAUUGAGAGACAUAACAGAAGGAGAAGAAUUAUUCUCUUCGUACUACACUCAAAUUCAAAAACGGGCAACUUAAGAAGCAAUGUACUUCUGUAGUAGUAAAAUAAACCUGAAACAUUAAAAA